GCCAGCUAUGUCUCCAGCCCCCUUGCCAUGCUGACGGGUACCUGCAACAAAUUCGGAAGAACUAGCCCCUCGCAGGAUUCACCUCCUCCAGGAAAAGCAGAGAACAGUUUGGGGAAGAAACCGCAUUUUUUGGGACUGGAGCCUUUUUCUCCAAAGGUCUGGGGUGCUGAAGGCAUGGGAGAUUCCUACACAGCCACGUUCCCUAACGGGAAUGGACUGAUGUCCCCCUCGGCGAGCCCGCAGGCCUCCACCACUUACAACAACGACUACAGCCCCUUCUCCCACUCCUUUCCAGCCUCCCCCACGUCUCAAGACCCGUCGUCUCUCUUGGUGUCCAAGGGCCACCCGUCUCCCGACUGUCUCCCCAGUGUCUACACCUCUUUGGAUAUGGCACAUCCCUACGGCUCCUGGUACAAAGCCGGGAUCCACCCAGGCAUCUCCACCAGCUCCAGCAACCCCACUGCCUCCUGGUGGGACAUGCACUCCAACAGCAACUGGCUGAGCUCCCAGCCCCAGUCAGACGGACUCCAGAGCUCCCUGCAGUCUGUGCCGAGCCAGGCCCCCAUCAGCCCUCAGCUGCCCAGUUACACUUCAGAAUUCACCACUUUGAACCCGGCCCCUUACCCCGCGGUGGGCAUCACUUCCUCGUCGCACCUCCUCCCUUCCGGCCAGCACGUGCUGCCGCAAGAGAUGUACAAGCCCAAGACAGUGGCCAACAACUCCCUGAUGGAAGGCGGGAUCGGACUCAAGUCUGGAAGAGGCGGCUCGUUUGGAAGUACGGCGGGCAGGUCGACGUGCGACUGCCCCAACUGCCAGGAGCUGGAGCGGCUCGGGGCCUCGGCAGCCAGCUUGCGGAAGAAGCCCAUCCACAGCUGCCACAUCCCGGGCUGCGGCAAGGUCUACGGCAAGGCCUCGCACCUCAAGGCCCACCUGCGGUGGCACACCGGGGAGCGUCCCUUCGUCUGCAACUGGCUCUUCUGCGGGAAGCGAUUCACCCGCUCGGACGAGCUGGAGCGCCACGUCCGCACUCACACCCGGGAGAAGAAAUUCACCUGCCUGCUUUGCAACAAGCGCUUCACGCGCAGCGACCACCUCAGCAAGCACCAGAAGACCCACAGUGAGAUGGGAGUGGGCAAGCCCCCCGACGGCGAAGGGGAACGGGAGGAGGCUGCCGCAGUGGCUGGUUCCCCCACGACUGCCAUGCAGGACGGCCUGCCGGGAGAGGAGAAAGGUGCCACCAGCCCAGAGCAGAGCAACCUGCUAGAAAUCUAG